AGUAUUUAAAUGCUCAAGAGAUAACCGAGAGGGAGGUUUUCAAAGUUCUUUGAACUCAAAAAAGUUCAGCCACCACACUACCACCGCUGAAGAAAGCUCAUUGGUUAGGCUAUUAUUACCAGCCAAGCGAAUCAUGGAAACCAAGAAUGGUGCCACCCUUCCUCUACCAUUCAGCAUAGCAGCAUAGUCCAACAUGAUCACAGUAGCAUGUCUUUAGCUCUAUUAAUUGUUUUGUAGCAGAGUUUGGAAGAAGAACAAGUACUUUCUGGUGAGCAGAGAAAUAGGAAGAAGAACUAUUCAUAUUCACUGUCCUUUCCUUUUGACCAAUCCUCUGCUUGCAUAACCUUCCUUCUUUAAGAAACAUGACACAAUCUCUUUUGUUUCACAUGCUGGCAUUGAAAACCUUAGAGUGAAACUGAAGCAUCUUACCUCAAUCCAAACCCCUCUGUCACAUGCAUCUUGUCUCCUUGAUUCAACUUUUAUCAGUUUCAGUUUCACCACCAUCUUCUUAAACAACACCCCAUUAUUAGUCUCCAACUCCAACUCCAAGCCAUUUUCACUUUUUUCACAAUCCAAAUGGGAAAUACUGUUACCACCUUGUUAUUUUCCUUGUUCUUCUUCUUCUGCCUUACCCUAACAAAGAUUGAAGUGAUAACUUGUCUCUCUUCUGAUGGACAAGCCUUGCUUUCUCUUGUGUCUGGAACUGCAAAAUCAUCACCAAGACAUUCUGUUCUCUCCUCAUGGAACCCAUCAAGCUCAACACCAUGUUCAUGGAAAGGCAUUACUUGCUCCCCACAAGGUAGAGUAAUUUCUCUCUCUAUCCCAGACACUUUCCUCAACAUUACCUCUUUACCCCCUCAGCUAUCCUCUUUGUCAAUGCUGCAACUUCUCAACCUCUCUUCCACCAAUGUCUCUGGCUCAAUCCCACCAUCUUUUGGUGAACUCACCCAUCUUGAGCUUCUAGACCUCUCUUCCAACUCUCUCACUGGUUCCAUUCCUGCUGAGCUUGGAAAACUCUCUUCACUUCAGUUCCUUUUCUUGAACUCCAACAGAUUGAGUGGGAAUAUUCCUCAAGAUCUUUCAAACCUUACCUCACUUGAAGUUCUCUGCCUCCAAGACAAUCUUCUCAAUGGAUCAAUACCAUCACAGUUAGGCUCUUUAACAUCUUUGCAGCAGUUCAGGAUUGGGGGUAAUCAAUAUCUCACUGGACAAAUCCCAUCUCAGUUAGGGUUUCUUACCAACCUCACAAUAUUUGGUGCUGCCUCCACUGGACUUUCUGGUGCCAUUCCCUCCACAUUUGGGAACUUGAUCAAUCUCCAAACUUUAGCACUUUAUGAUACUGAUGUUUCUGGUUCAAUACCACCAGAACUUGGGUUUUGCUCUGAGUUGAGGAAUUUGUAUUUGCACAUGAGUAAGCUCACUGGCUCUAUCCCUCCUCAAUUGGGUAAGUUGCAGAAACUCACAAGCUUGCUUCUUUGGGGGAAUUCAUUAUCUGGGCCAAUCCCACCUGAGAUUUCUAACUGUUCAUCACUUGUUAUAUUUGAUGCCUCUUCUAAUGAACUUUCUGGUGAGCUACCUGGGGAUUUUGGGAAGCUAAUGUUUCUGCAACAGCUUCAUCUUUCUGACAAUUCACUCUCAGGUCAAGUACCAUGGCAGUUGAGCAACUGCACUAGCCUUGCCAUUGUUCAGCUUGACAAGAAUCAAUUUUCAGGUUCAAUUCCAUGGCAGGUUGGAAAAUUGAAACUCUUGCAGAGUUUUUUCUUGUGGGGAAAUUCAGUUUCUGGAACAAUACCAUCCUCUUUUGGGAACUGCACAGAGCUCUAUUCACUUGACCUUUCAGGGAACAAGCUAACAGGAUCCAUCCCAGAGGAAAUUUUCAGGUUGAAGAAGCUGAGUAAGCUUCUGCUUCUUGGGAAUUCUUUAACAGGAAGGUUGCCACCAAGUAUUGCAAAUUGUCAAUCUUUAGUGAGGCUAAGGGUUGGAGAAAACCAGCUUUCAGGACAGAUUCCUAAAGAGAUAGGCCAGUUGCAGAAUCUAGUGUUUCUUGACUUGUACAUGAAUCAUUUCUCUGGAAACUUGCCAGUGGAGAUUGCCAACAUCACAGUUCUUGAGCUCUUAGAUGUGCAUAACAACUACCUCACUGGGGAAAUUCCAUCUGUGUUUGGGGGACUUGAGAAUUUGGAGCAGCUUGAUCUCAGUCGAAACAGUUUGACAGGUGAAAUACCAUGGAGCUUUGGGAAUCUCAGUUAUUUGAACAAACUCAUCCUGAACAAUAAUUUACUGACAGGGUCAAUUCCAAAAUCCAUUAGAUAUUUGCAGAAGCUAACUCUGCUGGAUUUGAGUUAUAACUACUUUUCUGGUGGCAUACCUCCUGAGAUUGGUUAUGUUACAAGCUUAACCAUCAGUUUGGACUUGAGCUCAAAUGCAUUUACAGGAGAAAUCCCAGAUUCAAUGUCUUCUUUGACACAGUUACAAUCAAUUGAUCUUUCUCAUAAUGCGCUAUAUGGAGGAAUUAAGGUUCUAGGAUCUCUCACUAGUCUCACUUUCCUCAAUAUCUCUUACAACAACUUCUCAGGUCCUAUCCCGGUAACUACAUUCUUCAGAACUCUAUCUUCCAAUUCAUAUCUUCAUAACCUGAAUCUAUGCCAGUCCAGUGAUGGAACUACGUGUUCUUCAAGAGUGAUUCGAAAAAAUGGCGUAGAAUCUGUAAAAACCAUAGUUUUGGUCAUGGUAAUUCUAGCCUCAGUUGCCGCAAUUGUCAUUGCAUCGUGGAUCCUAGUAGCUCGCAAUUACAGAUAUAAUGUUGAAAGAACUUUGGGGAUAUCGUCCUUGACAUCAGGAGUUGAGGAUUUCUCUUACCCUUGGACUUUCAUUCCAUUUCAAAAACUGAACUUCAGCAUAGAUAAUAUCCUGGAUUGCUUGAAGGAUGAGAAUGUGAUUGGAAAGGGUUGUUCUGGUGUUGUGUACAAAGCUGAGAUGCCAAAUGGGGAGUUGAUAGCAGUGAAGAAGCUUUGGAAAGCAAACAAAACUGAGGAAACGAUUGAUUCUUUCGCUGCAGAGAUUCAGAUUCUCGGGUACAUUCGGCAUAGGAACAUUGUGAGGCUCAUAGGUUACUGUUCUAACAGGAGUGUUAAGCUCCUGCUCUAUAACUUCAUCCCAAAUGGCAAUCUACGACAGCUUUUGGAAGGGAACAGGAACCUAGAUUGGGAGACUAGGUACAAGAUUGCUGUUGGAUCAGCUCAGGGUCUAGCUUACCUUCACCAUGAUUGUGUCCCUGCAAUUCUCCAUAGAGAUGUUAAGUGCAAUAACAUACUUCUAGAUUCCAAAUUUGAGGCAUGUCUUGCUGAUUUCGGUCUUGCAAAGCUAAUGAGUUCACCAAAUUAUCAUCAAGCAAUGUCCAGGGUUGCUGGUUCCUAUGGCUAUAUUGCACCAGAGUAUGGCUACUCCAUGAACAUAACAGAGAAGAGUGAUGUCUACAGUUAUGGAGUGGUUUUACUAGAGAUAUUAAGCGGGCGCAGCGCAGUAGAAUCUCAUUUCGGAGAUGGACAACACAUAGUUGAGUGGGUGAAGAGGAAGAUGGGAAGCUUUGAACCAGCUGUGUCAAUACUAGACUCAAAGCUCCAAAGUCUACCAGAUCAAAUGGUUCAAGAGAUGCUCCAAACACUUGGAAUUGCCAUGUUUUGUGUGAACUCUUCUCCGACAGAACGCCCCACCAUGAAGGAAGUGGUUGCUCUACUCAUGGAGGUGAAGAGCCAGCCAGAGGAAAUGGGAAAGACCUCACAACCUCUAAUAAAGCAGUCCUCAACUCAAAGCUGAUUUUUUUGGCACUCCCUUUAUUUUACUUUCAUUGGUUGGUUAGUGAUUAAUUAUCCUCUCUUCUCAAACAGUAUGGUGUUAUUGUGGAGACUUGAAAGUAACAUUUAUUGUACAGUUCUAGAAAUUUAGAGAUAUCAGUUAUCAGCAGCAUGUGCUUGCGGAGUAGAAGCAAUUUUAGUGUUUCGCCUUGCUGUUGAAUAACCAUACUCUAUGAUCAUGUCAUGUUUUCAAGAUGCUAAUGUAUGUCUCAAUUAAUUUGCUGAGUCCUGAAUAGUUCACUGAGUGGGCUUGAGAA